AUGCUAUGCAAUGUUAUUGUUCGAGCUACAAACGAUUUACAUGUUUAUCAAAAAAAAUCAGCAGAUGAAAUUACUAUGUAUCUGAACGAGGAUUGUGAAAAUAUUGGCAAUGUACAACUUGUCGAACAGUGUCAUGAAAUGAUAUUUCAACAUAGUGUAGAGAUCUAUAAACAUAUUGUAAAUGGAGUGAACAUGCUCGACAUUUGCAAGAUGAUUAAAGAUGAUAGUGAAAUAGCUCUUGAUAAUGAGAAAUCUGCUGAAUGUUCAAAUGAAGAUGGCAACAAAUGUCAAUGUUGUCUAGCACAUAUUAAAAAACGUAAAAUACGCUUUCAUUUCAUCGUGAAACGAAUGGCGAAGAAACGUAUGCAUAUGUGUCGAAAAUCUUCACGACCUCAUCAUUGUCGCCAUUGGGUUCGACGAAAGGAGAGACAUAUAUUGAAAAAAAUUGAUAUGAUCUGUCCACAUAUGGUUUGUAAACAUCUUGGCUAUUGUACCACUGCACCGGAAAAUGAUAGCUCAAUUAAAAUAUUAACAGAAUCGAACAACGAUGCUGUCCAUCUUUCUCCUUCAUUCACAUCCGAAUCACUCGAACAACAACUAGAAGUCUAUUUGACUCAAGAUGUUUGUAACAAAUUCGAUAAUUUUCAAGCACUCUGUGUCCACCUUGUUGCUUCAUCUGAUAGUCAUCGUUAUACUAAGAUAUACAUGACCGUACUUGAUAAUGAUACCAAAUGGUUUGACAAUGAUCUUCGCAAGGAAGCACAAUUAACCCGAACUACUGGUGACAUGAAUCAAUGUGAUGAAUGUAACAGUGCUAUUCAAUCAUCGAAGGAUUUUUAUUUACAAAAACUGGAAACGGUUCAUAAUGCACUGGAAAAUAUAUGUAAACAAUGUCGAGGAAAAGAAAAAUGUGAAGAAUAUUUCAAUGAAUUGAUCGACACUUUCAAAACUUAUUUGAAUUCUUUAAAUCCGAAUCAAGUUUGUACGGCAAUGCAUCAAUGUUUUUCUUCACCACCGAUUAUCUUGAUUCCUGCUAACGUUACAGGAGAUUGCACUGUAUGUGUUAAAUUUCUUCAACCACGUAAAGACGCAGCUUUACAAGCAAUCGAUCAACUUUCAGCUUAUUUUACUGAUCUAUAUGUAAAAUUGAACAUGUCACAAUACCAACAACUCGUUUCAGAAAUAACGACUGAAGCUCGCUUAUUCAUUAAUGAAUUUAAUGUUCAAGAUACUUGUAUGAUCAUGGGUCUCUGUGAAUCGAAUGCUAUUCAGAAUGUAAAUGAUUAUGAACAGGCUUUCGUCGAGGAGAUUGGUAAGAAAUUAUGUUCAACAUUAGGUCCAUUUGAUGCUCUCUGUCAACAAAUUGUUGAAGGCAAUGUUAAACAAAUACAAAUGGUCAGUAUUAAUGCUACCAGUAUUGAUGAGUUUUUCACAGAUUCCGAAGAGAAGAUAGAUGGUGAUAAUGCUGUAGAUACAGUGGAUGAUAAAUGCCAAUGUUGCAAAAAACGAAUGAUUCAAAAGAAAAAGUGCGCGAAGAAACGUGUAGCUAAGUUCAUUUCGCAUAUGCUUGAACUAUGCAAACGAUGUCCAGUACAAGAAAAGUGCGAGCAUCACUGGGAAGAGAAAAAACGCUUUUGGGAUGCCAAAAUCGAUAAGAUCUGUCCGAAGAAAGCAUGUAUUCGAAUGGGUUUUUGUACGAAGAUCGAUAUGUCAUUUAUACAUCCUCAUAUCAAGCCCUUCAACGAAUUAGGCCAACAAGCACCGAAUACAGUCGAACAAAUGACUGCUGAAAGCCCACAUAUAAUGUUCUCUCAGCCAAAACUCGAUGACAAGAAGCCUGUAGAACGCAUUUUAAAUUAG